AUGGGUUGGUGGAAAGCAGAUCCAGUCCCCGAACCACCUCAACAGCAGACCACUCCGUCGACAUCGUCCAUACCUCAACCACCACCACCAGCACCGCCGUCGAACUCAGGCGCCUCGGCCUCAGCAUGCCCAGUCGAUCCACAGACACGGUCAAUAUGGCUUCAACAAGCCCAAGCACAAAAGAAUAAGAACACACAAUCUCAGUCUCAACUACCUCCCUCUCACCCUCCUCUUCCGCCUCACCAUCCCCAAGUCGAAGCAUCAUCCCAACCGCCACUACUUCCCACGGCCUACGCUUCGUCUAAAGAAUGUUCAUCCGAUCGCAUCUCACAGGAUCCCUCCCCUCCGCUCACGUCCGCCUACAAGACAAGCCGCCCGCUGUCCCAAGACCGCGCCAUAUCGUCCAUACCGCGCUCUCAGACCCCGACGGCCUCUUCAUCGUCGUCCUCAGCCGCCCCCGCCAAUGCCGAAACCGAAACCGGGCACCACUCGUCAGGCAACUGGAUCUACCCGUCCGAGUCUCAGUUCUUCAACGCUGUCAUGCGCAAGGAGACGCUGACGUCGUCGAACCCCGAAGACCUCCUCUCGAGCAUCUCGCACAUCAUCCCGAUCCACAACGCCGUGAACGAGCGGGCCUGGUCGCUCAUCAAGACGUGGGAAGCCGACUCGUCCAGCGCCUGCGGCGGUCCGAAACUGCAGUCGUUCCGCGGCCUGGGUGCCGGCGCCCUGUCCCCCCGGGCACGCAUGAAGUCGCUGAUGGGCUACACCCAGCCCUUCGACCGCCACGACUGGGUCGUCGAGCGCUGCGACGGGGGAACGGUCGAGUACAUCAUCGACUUCUACCAGGGCAAGCCAGACCCCAACGGGAAACCGAACAGUCUAAACUUCUACCUCGACGUGCGGCCCAAGCUCAACACCCUCGAGGGAUGCAAGAUGAGAGCGGAACGCUUCAUGGGUUGGCGAUAA